UUUUUUGACACCCUCAUGCGCUCGGAGUCCACGGACAGCCGCCUGCCGAUCAUCCGACGAGGCGACGGGUCGACGGAGGAGACGUACGAUGAGAGCUACGGAGACAACAGGAAGUACCUAGAGGACGACCACUCGCUCUCCUCUGACAUGCUGGUAUAUCAGGAUGAAACAUGUAAGCAGUUGACUCCAAUGGAGGAAGGAGAGGAGGGAGAAGACAGAAGAGGAGGAGGAGGGUGGCAGUCUCCCAGGAGAGUCUUCCUCUGCCCCACUUCUCUAGGGCGGAGAUCGUCUUUCCAUCUGGAGUGUCUGAGGAGACAUUCAAGGCCGGACGUCUCCCAGAAGACUUCUGUACCCUUACACCUUGUACAUCAUCAGGCUCUGGCAGUGGCAGGACUGAGCCCUCUGCUCAGAAGGAGUCACUCCCCCACCCUCUUCAGUCGGCUGUGCUCCACUCCUCCAGCCAGUCCCACAGCCAUUGGCAGUGACCCCUCCUACCGACGAGUGCCUUCUCUGAGGCUGGAGGGCACGAGCUCCCAUGAGAAGCUCAACACCAGCCUGCCCUCUGUCAACUGUGGACCCUGGUACAACGACAGUAAUGGGAACAGCCGAGGGCCAAGUCCUAGCCCCAACCCCAGUGUUUCCAAUCAGAGACCACCGCGGCCAGUGUCGCUCACAGUGCCCUCGCUACUGGGAAGAGACUCCAGCUCCCUGUGUCACGGCAGCGCAGGCAGUCUGGUGGAGGCGGUGCUAAUAUCAGAGGGUUUGGGUCAGUUCGCCCAGGACCCGUCUUUCAUCGAGGUGACUAAAGCCGAGCUGGCGGACGCAUGCGACAUGACCAUCGAAGAGAUGGAGCAGGCGGCCAACAACAUUCUCAACGGUAACACCGCGGCCAACGUCACAUCCAGCACCUCCUCCACCUCCCAGCACAGCCCCAGUGGCAACCUCCUCCCCUUCCACACAGCAGCAGCACCGCACAGGGACCGAGCGCUCAGCGAGGCCGGGGGGGAGGCCGGGGGGAGCAGAGGCUCCAUCCAUGGGCCGUCCUCAGAGGAGGAGAGGCAGGAGCUGCUAGCAGGUGUGAGGGGACAACAAGAGGAGGAGGAAGAGGCAGGAGGGACGGAGGAGGGGCAGCACAGAAGCUCGGUUGUGAUUGGAGGAGCGCGGCAGAGGAACAGCGGGCUGUUGGAAGACGAGGAUAUGGAGUGUGUGACGAGUUUGUAGGAAUAGUGAACGGUUCGAUUGGCCAACUGGCCCCUCUGACAUCAUCAGAGACUGAAGCCUGUCAGUGCUGGGUAACAGCGCCGAGGCUGGCUCUGUCUGUCCCCCCCCACACACUCACACACUGUCUGCCUCUCUGCCAGACCAACCGCUCUGGGCAAUGGCGGCCAGUGACGCAACCUUAAACACCGGGUUAUGACUCUGUUAGUCUGUAUGUGUGUGAAUGUUUGUAGUCAAGUAUACCACACUAUACUCUAUACUAUCUGAGUGUAUGCUUGUGUGUGUGUGUGUGUGUGUGUGUGUGUGUGUGUGUGUGUGUGUGUGUGCGUGCGUGUGUGUGUGUGUGCGUACGUGCGUGCGUGCGUGCGUGCGUGUGUGUGAGAUCUAUGAUUUUCUCUAUUUGUACGUAAGUGUGUGUGUUCUCCACACGUGUCUGAGUGUGUCUCUAAAGUGCCUCACAGUUUUAUCAUGUCCUCAAAGUGUGAAAAGCAGAUGAGUAAAGAAAAGCAGAAAAGGUCAGGGGAAAGUAGGGAUGGGGAAAGGUAGAAAGGAAACAACAGAAGCAGGACGUACUUGUAUUGACUUCCUGCAGUCAACAUGUGGUAAUUGUUUUCAUUUCCUCUGCCUACUUUGGUGUUGUGUUAUUGUUGUUUGUCUGGCCGCCAUGAAGCCAGGUAGGGGACAGCAGACCAGCCUGUGAGGGGGUCAGUUAAGAAUUUAAAUCGCACCCACCACUCGUGGUCAAAGGUCAACUCCUCCUUCUCGGUUCACUGAUGAUGAAGCGCUGUAUUGAGUAAACAGGGGCGAGGAAAACCCUGUUUGAAAUCUCAUUUCUCUUCCUCUUCCAAAGCUAAGGAACCGUGGAGCACAGCCCUGCCAGCCU